CACUAAAUCACGAUUCACUCUUCUCCGUUUCUAGUACCGUAAAACGCAGAGUCGUUUAGUUUCGCACGGAUCGCGAAUUCACGUUUUGUGCUCCUUUGCUUUGCUCGUAAACAUACCUCGAGAACUCUGAACCAGAACUAGUGUUAAUCGACUCUAUACCAUGCCGUCCCUUCAAACUGCUCUGCCUCCUGAGCUCGCCAACAAUACUCUUAGGCUCUACCGUGAAUGCCUGCGCAGAGCUAAAUAUAUUGGUCAUCGGAAACAUAACACACAGCUUCUUGUUGAUAUGGUGAGACAACAGUUUAAGAAACACAAGCAUGAGACAGAUCCUGAGAAGAUUCAGAAGUUGAAGGAUGAUGCUGCAAGGGGGCUUAUCAAUCACAUAUUGUAUGAGUCAGAGCAAAUGACAGGUUCUAAAUUUAGCAAGACUAAGCAGCCUAACUAAUGAUUCGGUUCGUCCAUGAGGGCAAGGUUUGGCAGAUCAAGCAUGUAUCAAAAGUCUUCAAGGUUUUUAUGGUUAUUGGCUAUUUUAAAAUGUUAUUUAAAAAAAAUUGUGGAAAAUAGGGCGAUGGCUUCUUUUGCCGGUGCGACUUCCAUAUCCACACUGCUCAAGUUUCUUAAGUUUCUACCAAAUGUUUCAGUGUAGAGCUAAUAAACCUUUGAAGAAAUAACAGUAAUCCGUAUUGCUUUUUUUUUUAAAAAAAAAUUUCAAUUUUAGUUUUUGGUUACAUUGUAAAGGGCUUGUGCAUGAUUGCAAAGAUGGCAAAGUCGAAGUCUAUAAUAAGCCCAGA